GACAUACUUAUGUAUAAUUCUGGUGUUUUGUUUAUUUCGUAUGUAACUUCUAUUUCAGUUCUAUAAUCACAUAGAAUGAAAAUCAAAGCUAAAAAGCAUGAUGGUUCUACCAGCGUGGCUCGCACUGAUAGGGAAAUACAAGAAUUGAAGCAAAAGUAUGAAUCGAUGCCGCUUGAAAAUGAAAUAAAAAAAUUUGUGGAUAUGCCUUUAUCUCAAAAAACACUAAAGGGCUUACUGGACUCCAAAUAUGUUGUCCCGACAGAGAUUCAAAGGAAAAGUAUAUUGACAGCAUUAAUUGGAAAAGAUUUAAUGGGAACUGCAAUUACUGGAAGUGGGAAGACUCUUGCCUUCUUGAUACCAGUUAUCGAACACUUAUAUCUAAACAAAUGGUCACGCACCGAUGGAGUAUGCGCGAUUGUUAUUUCUCCCACUCGUGAACUAGCGUAUCAAAUAUUCGAGACAUUGAAACGAAUCGGAAGAUAUCAUGAUUUCUCGGCUGGCUUGAUAAUUGGUGGAAAGAACUUGAAGUUUGAACGAAGUAGAAUGGAUCAAUGCAAUAUAUUGAUAUGUACACCUGGUAGACUGCUGCAGCAUAUGGAUGAAAAUCCCUUAUUUAAUGCAACUACCAUUGAAAUGUUAGUGUUAGACGAAGCAGAUAGAUGCCUGGAUAUGGGAUUUGAAGAAACUAUUAAUGCAAUAAUCGAACAUUUUCCAACCGACCGUCAAACUUUAUUAUUUUCUGCCACACAAACAAAUAACGUAAAAGAUAUUGCAAGACUCAAUUUGCUGGAUCCAAUUUUUAUCGGAGAAAAGUCAAAAUCUGAAGACAUAAUCCCAGAGUUGUUACAGCAAAACUACGUUGUGAUGGAAUUGGAGGAUAAAAUUACGAUGUUAUGGUCAUUUAUAAAAAAUCAUCUCAAACAAAAAAUUAUCGUUUUUUUUACCAGUUGCAAACAGGUAAAAUACGUUUUCGAAAUUUUUUGUAAACUACGACCGGGUACAAGCUUACUUGCACUUUACGGAACCCUACAUCAGGAUCGAAGAAUUGCAAUAUAUAAUGAUUUUACACGAAAAAGUAAUGUUGUACUAUUUGCCACUGAUAUCGCAUCGCGAGGGCUAGAUUUUCCUACAGUCAAUUGGGUUGUGCAAAUGGAUUGCCCAGAAGACUCAGUUCAAUAUAUUCAUAGAGCGGGAAGAACUGCUAGAAAUAAAGCACGUGGAGAAAGUCUCCUGGUCCUAACACCGUCUGAAGAACAAGGUAUGAUAAAAGAAUUGGAGGACAAGAAUAUACAUAUUAAAAAAAUACAUAUAGAUCCGAAAAAGCUAUUUUCGCCCAGACUGAAGAUAGAAGCCGCAUUGGCCCAAAACACUGAAUUAAAAGCAUCAGCACAGCGAGCUUUUGUAUCCUAUAUUAAAUCCAUAUUCCUAAUGAAGAAUAAACAGAUUUUUAAUGUAUUUCAGUUAAAUCUUGAAAACUAUGCCAAAUCAUUAGGACUCAUUGUUACGCCCCGUGUUCGGUUUUUGGAGCGUCUAUUAAAGAAAAAAGGUUCGGAGACUGAAAUGGUAAAUGAAUCAAAUGAUUUUGUACACGAAGAUUCAGACAACGAUGACGAUUUCCUUAAAGUUAAACGAGUCGACCAUGAUCUGGGUAACAAUUUGGACGAUGUUACUCUGGAACUGCCCAAGAAAAACAAAAUCUUGACGAAAGCUGCGGCUGCAAAAAAAGCGAUAAGAAAAAAAAUAGCUCCAAAUGAGAAAAUGAAUUUCGAUGAUGAUGGAAACGUCAUAAUUGAUAAUAUGAAACAGUUGCGUUCUGAACUUCCCGAAGAAUAUGAAAACAAAGAAGGUGGAAUAAACAUUGAGAUAGCGAAAAAAGUUAUAUCACAAGAAGAUAAAUACGACAAAGAAAGAUUUAGACAACUUGUUAAGCAACGCCACAAAUUGCAGAAGGAAAAGUUGAAAAAACAUACAGAUGAGAAUUUACAAAGCAAUUCCGCUGAAAGUGAAAGCGAAGACGACGUCGACUUAUCCUGGUUGCCUGAUCCAGAUAAAAUAUAUGAUUCGAAUCGUAAGGCAGACGAAACCGAAACAACUGAAAUGAGUUUAAGUGAUGAUGAUGAUUCGGAAGAGCCAUCUAGUAAAAAAGCAAAAUUUACUUCCAAACUCACUUUGAAUGACGCCGAAUCAAUCGUUGCCCAACUUUUAUCAAAUACAGUAUAAUUUGCAUAAACAUUUUCAUUGUAGUACUCUUAAUGUGUAUGGACCAAUAUUUACGUAACAUUUCUGUAAAUAUAUUAAUGGUCCACUGCAAAUGAAAAUAAUAUAUAAUUUUGUUAACAACUGCAUUAAGACCACAACUCAAA